AUGUCUGUCGAAGGAGAGAAUUAUAUAGGUGAUUCGGAACCUGACCUGCUGGAUGCCAGUGAAACCGAAUAUGGGAAUGUACAGGAACAACAAAGUCAGGAAGAGAAUAAUGGGUACGCUACCGAACAUGGUACCGAAAUUGAAGACACAGAUGGUAAUACCGCUACUAUUGCAGCUUGGAAAGAAAAACGCCAAGCAGAGAUAGAGGAAAAAGAUGCAUCUGAUGAGCAGGAAAGAAAAGAGUUGAAAGAAGAGGCUGUUAAACACAUUGAUGAUUUCUAUGACAAUUACAACAGAAAGAAAGAGCAACAACUGGAGACUGUGAGACGUGAAGCUGAGGAGUUCUUGAAGAAGAAAGAUAACUUUUUUUCACAGGACAAUACGACAACGUGGGAUCGUGCCUUGCAAUUGAUCAACGAGGAUGAUGCUGAUAUACUUGGGGGCAGAGAUAGGUCCAAAUUCAAGGAAAUUCUUCAAAGAAUGAAGGGCAACACCAAUGCUCCUGGCGCUUGA